GGGGCGGAGAGAGGUGAGUGAUGAGUGGACGCAGUUAUGCCAACAAGCCGAUUAUUGAAGGCUACUGAACCCCCGCUGACAAUUUACGUCUGUCCUCUCAUUGUCCAACCGGAGGCGGACACAGACCAUCUCAGGCUGAACCUGAUAUUAUUCCGCGGAGUGGACUUCAUUCAUCUCAGGAAAAGUACUUUUUUAAAUGGACGUUGCAACUUUUCACGGCUUUACAUUGUGAGACGUGCUGUGGGAAAACACACUUUUUCUAAAAGAGAUAAAAGUGACCUCCUGGUACUUCAUGGUAUUUUAAUUUGCUGUAGGGUCACCUGAAGAUAUUCUGUUAUAUUUUUAAACUAUAGUAAGUGCAUGGCAUUUUAAAGCUUGGCUGUUCAAUUGGAUAAUUUUUUUUAUCUGGUAUUUUAUUCUGUAAAGGAAGUUAACAUUAGAGGCAGGCAUCAAAUGGAAAAUGGCAUCUGCAGUAAACUUUGUUAGAAAGUGAACUUCAUAAUCAGGCUCCCAUAAGGGACAGUAGAGCCCUUUUUGCUUUGCCCAGUCUAAGGUGCAAGGUAGCCUUCAAAAAUGACCAGUCCCUCCAGGAGUAUUGAGGUCCAGAGAGGUCUCAGCGAGAGCCCGGCUCCCAAACCCGAGACACCCAGGUAUCGCAGCUGGAGCAGCCUUCGCUUCUCAAGGUGGAAAAGUUCUUCCCAGAGGACAACCCCCCCUGGUACCCCAUCCCCAAAGACAGAGAAGAGGAGUGACGUAAACAAGACGCUCUUCUCCCUGGUCAAGACUCACAAUGAUGACUAUACAGCUGACCCCGACGGCCUGCUGGACAUCGACGGGGGGUAUGAAGGUGGCGACGAUGACCCCCCACAGGACCACUCCACCUACUUCCAGAGGCAGUUUUGCUCCAUGCUGCAGCCUGGGGUCAACAAGUUCUCCCUGCGCAUGUUUGGCAGUCAUCAGGGUGUUGCUGCUGAGCAGGCCAGGGUCAAGAGCUUUGGAGUGUGGAUCAUCCACCCCUACAGUGACUUCAGGUUUUACUGGGACAUCGUGAUGCUCCUGUUGAUGAUGAGUAAUCUGGUGAUUUUACCCUGGGGAAUCACCUUCUUUGAGGACCAGAACACGAUGCCCUGGAUCACCUUUAACGUCCUGUCUGACACGCUCUUCCUCAUGGACCUGGUUUUCAACUUCCGCACCGGCAUUCUGGAGGAAGACAGCCACAUCAUCUUGGACCCCAAAGAGAUCCGCAUGCAUUACCUCCGCACGUGGUUCGCGGUGGACUUCAUCUCCUCCAUCCCUGUUGACUAUUUUUUCCUCAUCGCUGACCUGGAGUCCCGGCACGAGUCAUCUGAUGUGUACCGCACCGCCCGUGCUCUCCGCAUUGUGCGCUUCACAAAGAUCCUCAGUCUGCUGCGUCUUCUCCGACUGUCUCGCCUCAUCCGCUACAUUCAUCAGUGGGAAGAGAUUUUCCAUAUGACCUAUGACCUGGCCAGUGCAGUGGUGCGUAUAGUCAACUUGAUUGGCAUGAUGCUGCUGUUGUGUCACUGGGAUGGCUGCUUGACCUUUAUGGUGCCGAUGCUGCAGGACUUUCCUUCAGACUGCUGGGUAUCCAAAAAUAAUAUGGUGAAUGCUACAUGGCACAUACAGUACUCAUACGCCCUGUUUAUGGCCAUGAGUCACAUGUUGUGUAUAGGAUACGGUGCCCACCCUCCAGAGGGCAUGACCGACGUUUGGCUCACCAUGAUCAGUAUGGUUGUGGGGGCGACCUGCUACGCCAUGUUCCUCGGCCAUGCAACUAACCUGGUGCAGUCCUUGGAUGCAUCACAUCGCCAGUAUCAAGAGAAGUAUAAGCAAGUGGAGCAGUACAUGUCGUUCCAUAAACUGCCAGCAGACGUAAGACAGAGGAUCCAUGAUUAUUACGAGCAGCGGUUCCAAGGCAAGAUGUUUGACGAGGACAGCAUCCUUGGAGAGCUCAGUGAUCCGCUCAAGGAGGAGAUAGUCAGCUAUAACUGCCGUGGGCUAGUUGCCAACAUGCCCCUGUUCGCCAACACUGACCCUCAUUUUGUGACCGUGAUCCUGACCAAGCUGCGUUUCGAAGUCUUCCAACCCGCAGACUUGAUCAUCCGAGAAGGAACUCUGGGUCGGAAAAUGUACUUCAUCCAGCACGGCACCGUCACUGUCAUCCCACGCGGCAGUAAGGAGAUUAAGCUCAGCGAUGGAGCGUAUUUUGGGGAGAUCUGCCUGCUAACCCAGGGCCGACGCACAGCCACUGUCAGGGCUGACACCUACUGUCGUCUUUACUCCCUGAGUGUGGACAGUUUCAACGAGGUCCUGGAGGAACAUCCUCUGAUGAGGAGGGCGUUUGAGAGCGUAGCUGUGGACCGGCUGGGACGGGUUGCUCGCAGACCCAGUUAUCAGCCUCCCCCAACAGAGUGACUUCUUCAGUACCAACAGAGACGGACGCGUGGAGAACAUUUGUCACACUUUGACUGAACUUGACCACAAAGAACAACAAAGAAAGAAUCAAAGAAACCUUCAGUGUAAAAUUUUACUGAUUGCUCUUGACUUUAAUACUCAGUGAUGGACAA